AUGUAUACUGUUGGACUAGACGUGGAUAAACUUGUGUUCACGGAAAAAAUCUUGCUAUAUGCUGGAAACUCUUCUAUAAAUAGUCCACUCAUAUUUAUUAUGCUCGGAAUAAUCUAUUUAUUUAAAAGACAAUCAGCAGGAAACUUUGGUUUUAGUACAAAAGCUACGGCAGUUACUAAGAAUACUUAUACUAAUUAUAAAAAUUUACCUUUAAUAUCUGAACAUGUACCUAUUCAUAAAAGCAACCUAACAGACGACGAAUUCGGCUGGUUUUUAGCUGGAUUAAUUGAAGGAGAUGCUUAUCUUAUAAAAAAGCGAAUUGGAUACGGUAAUGUAUACAAGAUUAAAAACAAAAAAGCGGUUAGAUAUAUUUGUAAAAAUAGCACUGGUCUAUCUAUUAUCUUAUCUUUAAUAAAUGGUAAAUUGUUAAGUAAUUUUAAGUAUGAUCAAUUAAUUAAUCAUAAUUAUAGUGAAUUUUUUAACCUCACGUUAUUACCACCUUUAAAAAGGCUAACGGAUGGUUGUUUUCACAUCAGUAUUGCAAACAGUAAAACACAUAAAACAGGGUUUAGUGUAAGAUUGGAAUACUCUUUAAAACAAAAUGAUAGCUUACCCUUAACUUUACUUUACAAUGAGUUAAAGUUGGGUAAUCUUUCUCAAUAUAGUACAGGAUUUAAAACUGCAUUUAAUUUGAUUAAUUAUUUUGAUACAUAUAAUCUUUUUGCUGGUAAAUAUAAAAGUUACCUUAAAUUUAGAAAAGUAUAUAUUAUGAUUACUGAAGGAAAACAUUUAGAAGAAAAGGGUAUAAAAAAGAUUAUAAGUAUUGCAACCAAAGGGUCCUCAGAGACAAGCACGCAAGAAAUUUAA